UAAAUAAGCACGAAGCGUCAAAUCAACUAGGAAAACAGAGGAAAUGAAAACAAAUGCAGCUGGUAGAGUGUGUUAAUUUGAAUUAAAACUCGCUUAUACGACAUUUCCUCCCGAAAUGAGGAGUCGCAGCACCAGUAUACGUCAGAUAUAUAUCACCUCCGAGCCUCAUCGUACAUUCUUUCUCAAGCUUGAGUGGGCUGAAGAUCUCGGAUCUGGCUUUGUCAUUCUUCUUUCCGAUGGCAUUUCUGCGUGGAGUGGUGAAGUUUCUGAGGAGGAUGUGUCCCGGGAAGCUCAGGAGAUAGAUAUCGAGAGGGACCGGUAUGUUUGUGACCUGCACCUGGCUCUGACCGGAGAAGGACUGGUAGCGGAGGGGGAGUACUCCUUCCACCUGGCACCUGAGAGACCCGGCAGCCCCCUGCUGCAGCUGUCUUAUGAGAAGAUGCAGAGUGACAUCUUGUUCAGGCUCGGUGUGGUGGAGCUGCAGGCUGUGCCGGAGCCUACUGAAGUCAUAAGGGAGCUCAUUAGUCAUGGCCUGGAGCUGAGCACAGGUCUACAGGCCAAAAACCAGCACCUGCUUGAGGAGAACCAGAAACUGAGAAGAGAGCAGGAGCACAUCACCACAGAAAUGGAAAAGUACAUCCAGGGAAAGGAGACCCUCGAGAGGGACCUCUACAGUCGAUUUGUGCUGGUCCUAAACGAGAAGAAGGCCAAAAUUCGAGCUUUGCAGGAGAGAGUCAAAGAACUUCAGCACUCUAUUGACGAGGAUAGACUGAGGAGGAAGAAAGCGGGAAGUGAAGACCAAGAGGUGAUUGAAACUGCGGCACAUAAUAGCCCACGGGUAGAGAGCGAUUACGGAGGUAGCACUGAAGAUGAACAAGAGAAAAAUGAUUCCAUAUGCCCUGAGCCAAAGGCUCUUCUACAAGAGAUUCCAGAAAGCAGCCCCAUGGACGACAGUCUGAAUGACAUCACAGAUGUGGCCCCGUGCCGCAAACGUCGCCAUCGUCAUCUGCAACGGCUAGAGAAUCAAGCCAAACGAGCAUUUCUGGACCAGCAACAGAGAUCCAGAGAGAAGCCGACGGAAGAGGCCAAAGCAGAGACGAGCAAAACUCCAAACUUCCAACUGAAACCAUCAACCGCUGCAGCAAACCCUGAUCCAGAUGACCUAUUUGACGAUAUAUGACUUCGAAGGAGUACCAUUCCUGAUAAACAUGACUUGAGUACUGUUUGUAAGCUCUAGGAAAGUAUUUUUGUAAUGCAUAUGAUUUAAUUAUACAUUCCUUUGAACAAUAACCCUACUUUUUAACAAUAAAAAGGCAAGAAUCAAGAGGCACGUCUGAAUAAAUCGAUUUUUAACUCUAGGGUGUAAAUAAAUGUUUUAAAUCAGAGUUAUGAUGUAUUUUUGUCAUUUCCAAAAUAGUGAUCUUUCAGAAUGGAUCUGCAUUAUUUGCAUUAUAUUGUUAUCACACAUACGUGGGGUUAAUGCUUUGAUUAAACCCCUAACCAUAAGUAAUACACUAAACUUAGUAUUAACUCGCUGCUUGUCCUACAAACAUGAAAGAUAACUUAAGGAAUAUUCCGGGUGCAAUGCACUUUGAGCUCAAUUGAAAGCAUUUGUGGAAUAAUAUUCAUUACCACCAAAAUUAACUUCGAUUGGUCUCAAAGAUCGAGGUUACAGUGAGGCACUUACAAUGGAAGUGAAUGGGGCCGAUCUGUACAUGUUAAAAUGCUUACUGUUUCAAAAGUAUAGCCACAAGACAUAAAGAAUAUGCGUGUUAACAUGAUUUUAGUGUGAUAAAAUUGCUUACCAACUUUUUCUGUGUAAAGAUAUAGACAAUUUUACAACUUUGUUGCCAUGACGAUAUAAUGUCAACAAAACCUAAAACGACUGUAAAAAUGACUAUAAACAACUUUACAGCUCAAAUAAUACAGAGUUUUUAAAGAAGAAUUAAUGUCAGUGUUUUAUAUCAAAUUAUAAGCUUCACAUUUCUGCCUUUAAACCCUCCAAAAAUUGUAAGUGCCUCACUGGACACUCGAUUUUUGACGAUUGAAAAUAAGUUUUGUUGUAAUCAAAAUUGUGCCACAAAUGCUGUCGAUUGAGCUUAACUUGUAUAGAAGCUGGAAUAUUCCUUUAAAUGGUGUGGCUUGCUGAGGAAAGAUAUAUAUCUAUGAUGUUUCAGCAAACGUUUUUGCGCCCUCGAAGGGCACUGAGAGAAGGGGAUGACAUUCGAUAGGUCGUUCCAAACGAGAGUAAGAAAAUGAAAUAUUUCAUGAAUGCCCCUUUCAUUAGACUGUUAGCAGAGGGUACAUUGAUACAGUAAUGCCAUGCUCUCUUCAGAAUGCCCACAUAUAAAGCUCUAUCCUUUGGAGUGAGUAGGGCAUAGGGAUGAUGACUUUCGAUUGGAAUUUUCCCCCAAUAAAUAUCUAAAGAUCAGAAUUUCAUGGAGACUUGAUAGGUUAGGGUCAAAAUUUGACUUGGGCAAGUAAACAGCAGUCUAGCAGUCACAUAGCAACGCUCUGACAACCACUCAAAACACCCUAACAUUGUGGCAGCAAGUUUUACAGGGGCAUCAUGUUUUUCUGCGAAAAUGUAAUAAUAAUUUAAAUUGUUAUUAUUCAUAAAGUUUUUAAAAUUAUCUUGUAAAAAUGUUUAAACUUCAUGAAAUAUUCUUGAAAAUUCUUGUGCAACAAUUCCGCACUGUAAUUUUUUUUUCUCCAUAUUUUUAACAGCAAAAUAAUGCAAUAAUGCUACAGUAAUAAACUAUUAAUUGGUUAACUGUUAGAUACCCUACAAUGUAUGGUGAAAAACUACAUUUUAUUUCACAAGACAGUACAGGUCAUUUUACAGUACAACAUUGUAAAAAAAUAUAUAUAUAUUUUUUGAAGGAAAAAGUAUGAUUGACCUUGUAGUUCACAUGUAAAAUUAUGUUAAACAAGACAAUACAUGCACAUUUACAGUAAAUUAUUGUAAAACAAAUUAUGGUAUAAAAACUCAGCUCAUUUGAUAAAAUUGUAUUUAAAUAUGUAUGUUUCUAGUUUAAUUUAGUUAUGUACAUUGUGAUGUUUUGUGUUACAUUUUGUGUUGAUUUGUUAAUGUUUAUUAUUUUAGUAUUUGGUAUGUUACAUGAUGAUGUUUUGUGUUUAUGUGCAUGACAAUGUGCACUUUUUAUUUAACCAAUAAGGGAUGAGAGACCGUGCUAUAUUGUGAAUAUUGUCACAAACUCUGCUUCACGUCGUGCCUAACAACGCCCUUCAGCCGUGACAAUAUUCACGGCCUCUCAUACCUUAUUACUUAAAUAAAAAGUGCACAGUCACGCACACAAACGUAAAAUGCCAUCAUGAUAACAUACCGUUAGUAUUGUAUAUUCUGUAUGUAAAAUUAUGAAAUGCCAUCCUUCUAGAAAAUAUAGUCCCUGGCAGUAAACAGAAUGUUAGGCAACAAGAGUAACUGUCUGUUAUGGGUGCUGCGGAGUGAUAGAAUUUCUGUGUAAAGGUCAGAGCUGUGCUUUAUCAUAAAUAACGCACGGCUGUUGACCAAUUAACAUCCAGGACUGGAACUAUCUGUUUUAUAAACAUAUUUAUUGUCCAUUGCUUCUGUAUAAGGCCACUCUUGAUGAAAUGUCAAUCUGAGUCACUAACAGUGCAUUUAAAAGUACAUAGCAGUUUUGUUUUUUGUUUUUUUGGAGUCUCAGUACCAUGGUACAUAAAUAUGAUAUCAUCAAAUUAUAUAUAUGGUAGUGAACUGUAUAAUAAUCAGGCAUCAAAUUUACAUCCUGUAAUGCCUGAAACAUGAUUACUGUUUUAGUUUUUUUUUUUUUUUUUUUUUUUUUCCAUUACUUUCUGGCACAGCAACCUUUUUUUCCCUGUAAAUUUAAAAGGAUUUUUCUUUUUUUUUUUUUUAGGACUAUUCAUGUAAUAUUCAA